AUGUUGCUUUUCGUCUUGCUUUUUCUCUUCAGUUUCAACCCAUCCCUGAGCCUAAAAAUCUGUUCCUUCAAUGUGAGGUCUUUUGGAGAAACAAAAAUGGGCAGACCCGAGGUUGUUGACGCUGUGGCAAAGAUCAUUUCUCUCUGCGACAUCAUGUUGCUGAUGGAAAUAAAAGAGAGCAAGAACCAGACCUGUCCCCUCCUGGUGGAGAAGCUUGCCAGGCAACAGCUGGUGUCGGUGAAACAAACCUACCAGUACCCAGACACCCAGCCUGGGGACACGGAUGUCUUCUCCAGAGAGCCCUUCAUCGUCUGGUUCCGGUCUCCAAAAACUGCUGUCAAAGAGUUUGUCAUGGUCCCUCUGCACACCACGCCGGAGACAGCAGUGCGGGAGAUUGAUGAGCUCUAUGACGUGUAUUUAGACAUAAAACAGCGCUGGAAAACCGAGAACUUCAUCUUCAUGGGGGACUUUAAUGCUGGGUGUAGCUACGUUCCCCAGAAGCAGUGGAAGAACAUCCGGCUGAGGACUCACUCAGAGUUCGUCUGGCUCAUUGACGACAAAAAUGACACAACAGUGAAGAACAGCACAAGCUGCCCGUACGACAGGAUUGUGGUCAGCGGGCAGAAGCUCAUCCAAGCCAUCGUGCCAAACUCUGUCACCGUCUUUGAUUUCCAGAAGGCCUUUCAGAUGACCGAGGAGCAGGCGCUGGGGGUGAGCGACCACUUCCCCGUAGAGUUUGAGUUAAAAACAAGAGGCGGCUUCUUCAGCUGGCUGAAAUCGCAGUUCUCAAGGAAGAGGACAACAAGAAGGAGCUCCAGCCCCUGA